AUGCCAACUAAACCAAAUGAUAGUCUGCCUCAACCUUUAAAAGUUAAAUGCUUUCAGUGUAAAAAAAUCUUUGAGGUUAAAUAUGUAGUUCCUAAUAAAGUCUAUAAAGAAACAAAAAUUAACAUGAAUAUAGAAUUAUUUACUAAAGAAUUAGACGAAAUUGCUGAGAAAAUAAGUAAGUUAGAAGUCCAAGAAGCCGAAGAAGAUAAUAUUUGCCUUGAAAGGAGAGCUUCUUGGCAAAAUUUAAAAAGCGAGAUUGAAAGGAAAAUCAAUCUUAUUAAAGAAAUGCAAAAUAGCGUUAGCACAGAGGAAAAGAAUGCUUAUUUCUUGCUUCUCAACAGAUAUUCUGAAAAACUAGGCAAAACAGAAGGGAAACUUAGAAAAAUAGAAGCUCAUUUAGUUAAUGCGAAAAGCCAGCAAAUUACUCAGUGA